CAGCGCUGUUUUACACUGCUGCUUCACGUGAACAGGGCGGAGCUAAAGGUCCUCUCUGUAUUCAAGGACAUUUGCGCUCCAACAGCUGCGUCGCCUUUCAAAAUAUACAGCAACAAGUAUGAGCCUCAUGUCCCCUAAAUAAAUAAAGGUGGAGGUCAUCUCUGCCCUGCUUACUAUGACAUGAGUUCACCAUCACCGGACCGAAUCCGGUUUCAUUCCCAGAGUAUGAACAUCAUCACACAUAUGAAAACAGCGCGUUUUGGCAGCUCGAGAUAAAGCCCCAUAUGACGCAGCAGGGCUCUCCACGGCACUGAUGCCAUAUUAAAGCCCGCCGCCCUCCACCCACACCAUCAAUCUGAUGUGGAGAUCGAAGAUAGGAGGGCUCACAUGACUCCACUCCAGUCUGGAAGACGAGGAGAAGUGUGGCAUCUUCCAGCAUCAGCACUGCCACAGCUGGCGCAGCUCAUAACGGCGGACAGUAGGAGGAAAUAUUCACGCUUUUCCCUGGAUUUGGAGCCGAGUCUGCGGAUGAGCAGCGAUGGGGGAAUGGACCAUACUAGAGAGGCUCUUGGAGGCUGCUGUCCAGCAGCACUCCACUAUGAUCGGAAGGAUCCUGCUCACUGUGGUGGUGAUCUUCCGGAUCCUAAUCGUAGCUAUAGUGGGAGAGACAGUGUAUGAUGAUGAGCAGACCAUGUUUGUCUGUAACGCCUUGCAGCCGGGCUGCAUCCAGGCAUGCUAUGACAAAGCGUUCCCCAUAUCUCACAUCAGAUAUUGGGUUUUCCAGAUCAUAAUGGUCUGUACGCCGAGUUUGUGCUUCAUCACGUACUCGGUCCAUCAGUCAGCCAAGCAAAAGGAGCGACGUUACUCAACAGCCACCGUCCUCCUCUCUCUGGAUAAUAAGGAACAGGAUUCCCUGAAACGAGAGGAGGCCAAGAACCAAAAGAUCAAGAACACCAUCAUGAACGGAGUAAUGCAUAACACAGAGAACAACACAAAAGAAGCUGAGCCCGACUGUCUGGAGGCCAAAGAAAUGGACAGCUCGGGCAAGAAACCGGGCAAGUCCAAAAUGCGACGGCAGGAGGGCAUUUCCAGGUUUUACAUCAUCCAGGUGGUAUUCAGAAAUGCUCUGGAAAUCGGCUUUCUGGUGGGCCAGUAUUUCUUGUACGGAUUCAACGUGCCCGCCGUGUACGAGUGUGAUCGAUACCCGUGCAUCAAAGAGGUGGAGUGCUACGUGUCCAGACCAACGGAGAAAACCGUGUUUCUCGUCUUCAUGUUUGCGGUCAGUGGCUUUUGCGUGGUCCUCAAUCUGGCCGAGCUCAAUCACUUGGGCUGGAGGAAGAUCAAAGCGGCUGUGAGGGGCGUGAGGGCCCGCAGGAAGUCCAUCUAUGAGAUCCGGAACAAGGAUUUGCCCAGGAUGAGUAUGCCCAAUUUCGGCCGCACUCAGUCCAGUGACUCCGCCUACGUGUAACGGGUUCGUAACAAGAACACAAAGCCCACGCACCGCCGAGUUCAAGACUGUGGAUGAGUCCCAUCGCCACGUAAGGUUCAUGUAUUGCAAGAACAUGGGGUAGGACUUUUUUGUUACUGUUUUAAAGACUCCAUUGGCAACUGUGGACGACAAACACAUUUGUAAAGUGGUUCACUACAGAAUAAUGCAUCUUUUUAGAAACGUUUGUACUCUGAGAUGUACACAAAGAGCAAAUGCUGAUACCUGAAUGCGUAUUGCCUCUCUGUAAGCUGCGGUGACACUUGACAUGACAGUGUCCGUGUUGCACACAAUGCAUGCUAUAUGAUUCAUUACAGUAAAAAAACAAGCGGCUCCAUGACAACUGCUGUGCCAUGAGCACUGACAUGUGAAGUGUGACCGAACCAGCUGCUCUACUGUACUUGAACGGAGUAAAUGCGUCUUGCACUAAAAAGUGAACAUGAUGCUGACAUAAUAUCGCACAUCGGGAGAGUCUCGACACACCAUCCAUGUAUUAAACACUAUCGCAUCUGCUACGGUUUCUUUCCUUUUGGUUGCCUGUACCGCACCAUUGACCUUAACGUAGGCUUUGUGAUGAGCUCCAUUGGAAAUCUGCUGUCAUGUCCUUGUGUGUGUGUGUGUGUGUGUGUGCGUGAGCAGGGGUGGAUUUGCUGCAAACGCUUAAAGUCUGUGAUGAUUUCCUUAAUUUCAACACCAAAGCGCCCUCUGCUUUCAUUUGUAAUGUGUUUUUUCGCGCUUAAGUGUAAUCAAGUGCCAUACUUGUAUAUAAAUAUAUGCAUAUAUACAUAUAAAAUCUAUUCUGAAGAAUAUAUCCAUAUCCAUAAAGCAGAUUUAUUGCUUAAAUUAUGCUUAUUGCGUCCAGAUUUGCUUUGGCUCUAUUUGCUGUAAAUGCAAUAUAGAUUCUUCCUUCUCUCUGAUUUAAAAAACGGCCGGGUGGAAAUAAAGUACUGGUCUUUUUCUACAUAGGGCAGCCGUCUGUUCUCGCUAACAAAUGACAGAACAGUGUUUCAGCAAUGUUUUGUGCUCUGUUGCUGGUUUUUCACCCAGCACUUCCAGCAAUAUUUGUAAGCAGAAUAGUUUUUUUUUUCUUUGGGGGAGGUUAUGUACUUGUUAAGUGAAAAUCCCACGCCUGCUAUAUCUCUUCCACUCUCAGUGACAAUGUAAGUGUGUUUAAACAGGCGUGUGAUUUCAUUAUAAACUGGUUUAAGGCUUUGUUCAGAAACAGAGUCCAGUGCAUUAUUGUUUAACUUCUGAUCGUUAAGAUGUCAUUUAAUUUCUCCUCUUUGAAUGGUUCUUUAUGAUUAUGCCACCAUAUAUUUAUGACAAGCUAAUGCGUGCACAGAGAGGAGAUGUUCUCUGCAUUUCUGAGCUUGAAGGGAAAGUAUUGCAUGCUUAAGAACUUAUAUUCAAGACAAUUUCAGGGGAUGAAAUCUAUGCGGCAUUUGCUCGAGUAUUGAUAUGUCACCCCACCACCCUACAGACGCUUAAGAACUGACACGUCUUGAAGGUCACAGAGGAUAAAGAACAGUUUGUGACCGACCGUCUCAGAAAAAACCUGAUGGGAUGACCCCUGGGAAGAUGGACAUUUGCUGUUAUGAAAAGGGGUGGGCGGUGGGGACGGGAACAAAAUGGCUUGGCUGUACAGUGCAAUCUUCCCUUUUCUCUCAGUAAUUCCUCUUUCCUUGGAUAAGCAUUCCAGGACUCCUGAGAUUUUUACAACUUUGUGGUCCUUACUGAGAAACGAAAGACCAGAGCUCAAAAGACUGUACUGGACUGACAGAGCAAAGCUUAAAUAAAACAUGAACUGGUA